UACGGACAUUUGUAAUAGCUCUUCGUUUCUAGCUCUUCCGGUAGAACCUGGACUCUCUCUCUUGUAUAAUUUCCAACGAUCUUCUCUUAAUCAGCCGGCCGGCGAUUUCAAAUGUAUCUCAAAUCAGCUCGGAGAGCUCAUCUUCUCAAUAUUGAUUAGUACAUGCCAGCAACUGUACGGUCGGUCGGAAUAGCUAGAGAGCCGCUAUUGACUGAAAGAAUGGAGAGGUUGUGUGACAUGUGUGGAAAUCUGGGGUUAGAGGGCGGCGAUGAUGGAUUCUUUUAUUGCACCCUUUGCGCCUGUCGUGCAGAUGAUGUCAUGGAUACUGCUGUUGAAGGAGCUGACACCAACGGACGUGAGGGUCCCAGGAUCUAUUCUGCCUCUCAAACACGCCCUCGUCCUAGACUACACCACUCUCAGCAUCAGCUGCACAACAAUGACCCUAUGAAUCACACUGCUUCUUUCACUCCUCCAGACUCCUGUUCUUCAAAUCUCAGGGUGAAGUAUAUUAUGGGCGUUCAAAUCAUGAUCCAGUUGCAGUGUCGGGCUUUGGUGGAGAAAUUCAAUGUCAGCCCUUUGAUCAUCGGGCUCAUUAGACCUAUUUGGCUGAGAUAUGUUGCUCAUGAAAGGGUUAUGGCUGAUGAUGAUUGGGGAGACCAGGUUAUUAAUCAAUCAGAAUCCCAAACUGGGGAACUUGGUAAACGGUUUGAAUCUCUGAGGAGUAAGAUCCCAUUAUCUACUUCUCUGGCCAUAUCAUAUCUUCUUUGUCAUUUAGCCAGGGAGGCAAUCCUGCCAACGGACAUUUUGAAUUGGGCGCUUCAAGGAAAACUUCCAUAUCUUGCUGCUUUUGUUGAAAUUGAGAAGCAACUUGGACCUCCAUCAAGGGAAUGUUCAUUUAGUUCUAGUCGUAUGUUCCGACCAACUGAGGCUAUCUCCUCACAAAAGUUAGAGUCCUUUGCUGCUUCAAUUGCCCGGAGAAUAGGUUUACAACUACCACCUGUGAAUUUCUAUGCUCUAGCUUCCCGUUAUCUUGCAGAGUUAUCUCUUCCCCUUGAAAAUAUUCUUCCUCAUGCAUGCCGUGUACAUGAGUGGUCUAUGCCUCCACAGCUUUACUUAUCUGAUAAUGAAUGCAGCCUUCCACCUCACGUUUAUGUUAUGUGUAUGAUUAUCGUAACAAUGAGGAUUAUGUAUGACAUAAAUGGAGGGAAAUGGGAAAUGAUGUUAUCUGACCCCAACGAUCACUCUAUGGAUGAAAAGAGUGAUUUAGUUGAGGAGGAAGUUAAAUUUGAUGGUUCCAAGCUGCUUCAGAUUCUUGUAACAAACUACUCAGAGCACAAGCAUAUUCAUGACUAUGCACUAGAUCUGCCCACAUAUCUUCAACACUGUAAAGAUGUGGUUUUUGCUGGAUUAAAUUCAUCAUUGGAGGACCAUGAAGAAGAAAGUCUGAUAAAAGAACUAUGGGACCUCUAUGAAACAAGUAAGGAUGCUGAACCAUCAGAUGGCCAUAGAAACAGUGAGGAAAUGAGAGAGAGCGGAGGCGAUUUCAACACGACAAGUAAUCGUCCAAAGUGUCCAUUGGAUGAUUCUGAAUCACCAGUACAUGCAAGUUCUAAGAAGUCAUAUAAGGAUCGGGCGAUACGGCAAAUGAAAUCAAAUAUGGAGGAAAAUCUGUUUUCUUAUCUUCCACCCAUUAAAUCCACCUUGAAGAACCAUGGUUACAUUCGAUAUGCUAGAAAGAAAGACGGUGCCUUGAUAUAUGCUGUCCAUGCUGAUUAUUAUAUCAUACUUCGCUCAUGUGCACAAGUUGCACAGAUUGAUAUGAGGACCUUGCAUAUGGGUGUUUUGACCUUUCAGAGGUGGCUGGAAAAGAUAGAAAAGAGAAUUGAUGCUUGUUUGCUUUGGAACCUCCCUGAGGACUCUUGUGAUUUUUGCUGCGAUGGAGUUUCAAGUUCAAAGGCUUCAGUCACGGAGUAAUGCAUUCUAGCUUCAUUAAGGUUUACCUUUGUAUAUCUGUGGCUUUUUUUUGUCUGGAUUGAGCUAAUCACCUCACCCUCACCAUGGUUAUGCAAAUCCUAUGAUGGCAUGAAAUCUUAAAUUUCAGUGGAUUAUCCCAUUGCUUCAGGUUUGAAGGUGUAAUUUGUGAGGGGCUAAUGUUGUGUGCUCUAAAAGGGUUAAUUAUGUAUUAAUAUUUAGUAAAAAGUCUUUGAACUUGUGUCUCAAAUGUGUUCAUAUUGAUUUGCAUGUAUUAACAUAUCUGAUAAAAAGAGAUCAAUUAAGCUUUCACUCGAGAAUUGCUUCAGGCUUGAAGGUGUAGUUCG